UUUUUAAAGAUUUUAUUUAUUUACUUGAGACAGAGAGAAUGAGAGACAGAGAGCAUGAGAGGGAGGAGGGUCAGAGGGAGAAGCAGACUCCCUGCCGAGCAGGGAGCCCGAUGCGGGACUCGAUCCCGGGACUCCAGGAUCAUGACCUGAGCUGAAGGCAGUCGCUUAACCAACUGAGCCACCCAGGCGCCCUAUUAAUUUUAUUCUUUAAAAAGAUUUAUUUUUGAGAGAAAGAGAGAGUGCAUGAGAGGGCCAGAGGGAGAGAGAGAAUCUUAAGCAGACUCCCCUCUGAGCAUGGAGCUGAAAUCAUGACCUGAGUUGAAACCAAGAAUCGGACACUCACCCGACUGCCCCCAGGUGCCCCCCCCUUUUUUUUCUAAACUUACUGAGAUGUAGUCUAUCUUGGUGAAUGUCCCAUGUGCACAUAGGAGCAGGUGGAGGGGCCUCCAAGUGCCAGUUUGGUCUCACUGGUUCACUGGUUAUUCACCUGUUCUUAUGUGUCCUAUUCUGUACCCAGAGGAGCGUUAGGAUCUCCUGUCAUAAUUGUGGAUUUAAGUGUCCUGUCAGUGCGGCCACUUUUCUCUUCUGUGUUUGUAACCGCUGUUAUCAGGUGUAUACAGACAAGUUUAUUGUGUUUUUUGAUGAAUUAUUCCCUUUUUAAAAAGAGUUAUGUAUUUAUUUGAGAGAGAUCAAGUGCACAGUGGGAGGGGCACAGGGAGAGGGACAGAGAAUCUCAGGCAGACUCUGUACUCAGUGCAGAGCCCAAUGUGGGGUUCGAUCCCACGACUCUGAGAUCACGACUUGAGCUGAAACCAAGAGUUGGACGCUUAACCAACUGAGCCACCCAGGCGCCCCCCUCCCCCAUCCCUCUAUUAUUAUAAAAUGUUAGGACAGUUAAUGCGUGGUGUAUACUUUUCUUUCCUUUCACUUUUAACCUAUCUAUAUCUUUACAUUUAUAGUCCAUUUCUUGUAAACAGCAUAUGGUUAGGUCUUGCCUCUUUAAAUGUCCUCUGACAAUCUCUCCCUUUUGAUUGGAAUUUUAAGUCCCUUUAUACUUAAUGUAAUUGUGAACGUGGUUGGUCGAAAUCCCACCGUCUUGCUCAUGGCUUUCUGUUUUAUCCUUGCUCCUCUCUCCUUCCUUACCAUGUUUUAGGAUAGUUAAAUACACUUACACAUAUAUAAUUACUCAGGAAUAUACAUUUUAAAUAUACAUAGAAAGAGAGACACACAUUGUAUAUAUCUAUAGAAAAUGUAUUUUUAGGAUUCCAUCUCAUUUCCACUGUUGGUUUAUUAGCUCUGCAUCCUCUACAAUGGUUCCUUUAUGGCUUAUACUAUGUAUUCUGUACCCAUCGCAGUAUACUGCCUCAUGUAUAAGGUAAGAACUUUACAACUUUAUGGUAACUUUCAUUCCUGCAACCCCAUCCUUCAAACUAUAGUCGUCAUAGGCUUUACUUCUACACAUGGUAAAUUUUACAUUUUAUUACUUUUGUUUUGUGCAAUCAGUUCCAUUUUUCUUUCACAGCUCGAUGGAGGAUAAUUUAUACACCAUAAUAUCCACCCACUGUGAAUGUACAGUUCAAUCGUUGUUAGUAGCUUUGUGAAGUUGUGUGACCAUCACCACGAUCCAGUUCUAGGACAUUCCCAUCACCCCAGAUUCUCCUAAGCCUGUUUAUGGUCCACGCCUGUGCCCACUCGUAACCCUAGCGAUGUUUACUUCCUUCUGGUAAAUUAGGGAAGCUUCGACCCAACGUACGUGCUUUCCUCCCCCUCGCUCCUGCCUCGAUCAUCACAUACGGAUCGCAUCUGUAUGUGUGGUAAUCCCAACGAGGCGGCCCUGGGAUGACUGCCUCCCCCCACGGGAGUGGAAGGACUGGCCUGUGCCCUGAGCCCCGCCCGCUGCUUGUUUGGGGAGUUCAGGCUGUUGCAGUGGUCACGUGGCCUCCAACGCCUAGACUGUCUGGCCUUCUACAAGGAAAGUUUGCCAACCCCCUGCUUCCUACAACGUCGUGUCUUUUAAAGAAGUGAAGACUUGAGCUGGACGGAGGGAAAAGUGUCUGGCCGGCAGCUGCAGCCUGAGGAGCCGGACGCAGACACAGAAGAGGACCAGUCUGUGACUGAAGGGCCCGUGGACGAGAUCAUUCGGCCACGGCCACAGGGGUCCUCCCCUGUGUAUGAACACGCUGCGGAGGGUGUUGGCUCCGGACUCCCGGAGGACACACCGAGGCGGCGGGCUUCCUCGGACUCUGGGGGACGGAGAUCCUGGUGGAAGCGAGAAUCAGGGGACUCCCGGACAUUCUCCAGGAUGAGUCAUCCGCAGUCCAUGCAGGAGGCGACAGAGGUGAUGCUGACAACCGAAGCAGAAGCUGGAGCCAGCGGAUAUAGUGUCACAGGUGGUGGGGACCAGGGGAUUUUUGUGAAACAAGUCCUGAAGGACUCGUCAGCUGCCAAGCUCUUCAGCCUGAGAGAAGGGGAUCAGCUGCUCAGCGCAACCAUAUUCUUUGACAACAUUAAAUAUGAAGACGCUCUCAAAAUUCUUCAGUACUCAGAGCCUUACAAGGUGCAGUUCCAAGUCAAACGGAAACGUCCCGCCACAGAGGACGAGGAAGGGGCCACCAGGGGGGCUCAGCAUGGCCCGAAGGGCAGUGAGAAGCAGGACAAAGAUGUGGCUGAUGGCUCCACAGAGACCCCCACACAGACCCUGGAAGGGGGCGGAGACCAGGAGAGACUGCUCGCCAAGCCCAGGGAGGGUAGAUGCAGGCGGCCCCCAAAAGAGAGGCUGUCCUGGCCCAAAUUCCAGUCAAUAACGAGCAAGCCAGGACCGCGGAGGUCACACAGCUCCUCAGGGGCCUACGGGCGGGGAGAUGCACCUGAUGUGUCCCCUACAAGCGCAGACACGGAGGCCCAGCUCCCAGCAGAGGAUCAGGAGCAGAAGGCAGAACCAGACGGCCAGCGGAAGAGGAGGUUCCUGAACCUGAGGUUCAGGAUGGGCUCAGGGAAGGGUCCGACGCUGGAAGGGCGACCAAGCAGAGGGGUCCAAGGUGGAGCACUCCAGGCUGGGGUUGUAGAGGAGGCCGGAUCCUGGGAGGACAGACGAGAGGCCACCGAGGCCACCGUGCAAAGCAGGGGAGAGGACAGGACGGCAGAGGUACCAGCAGGGACACCCAGAGAGCCUGGAGCCCCCAGCCGGGGAGCCCUGGGGGAAGGGGCCAGCAUGGCGUCUAGGCGCCGAAAACAAACAAAGGACGCGAAGGACCCGGAGGACGCUGUGUCAGAGGGGAAGCCUGGGCUGAGCUCAGCCCCACAAGGUGGGGAGGACCUCAGAGAGGUGGCUCAGGGCAUGGAAGCUGGGAUUGCCAGAUCAGCUCUGCAAGGCAAAGGAGACGCACAGGGCCGCCAACCAGAAUUCCAAAUCCAAAUACCCAGUUUAAAAACACCCAUGUUUAAACUUUCCAAAGAAAGAAAUCAAGACACAGAAGGAGGCACAGCGCUGCUGGCCCAGGGGGACGGGCAGGGAGGGACCGCGGCAGAGGAGACCCCCCCCGUGGGGGAGGGGGCACCAGGACCUCAGCUGGCAGCACCCAGGAAGCCCAAAGUGCACCUGCCAGAACGAGAAGAAGGAGGAGCAGGGGGACCUGAGGAAGGUCAUAGGGAAAGAGAAAAGAAGGAUGGGGACAAGGACAAAGGAGGGAGAGAGGAGAGGAGGACAAUGCUCAGGUUCAACAUUCCCUCCUUCGGAUGGUCACCCAGAAAGGACGUGAGAGCAGCCGGGGAAAAACCCGUCCUGGACCUGGACCAAGAAAUAGGAAGCACCAUGAAAGUGAAAGUACUACAUACGGAAGACAAGGAAAUACUAGGAGAAGGGAAAGAAGAAACACGAGACCCAAGAGGGGGACAGCCAACUGCAGCAGAGGAACAAAGACUGGAAGGGGACCUGUCCCUGGGAGACAAGGAGGUGGCCGCCAGAGACAGCAAGUUCAAGAUGCCCAAGUUCAAGAUGCCGUCCUUCGGCACGUCAGUGCCAAGCAAAGAUUUGGGAACAUCCGUGGACGUGUCGGUACCCAAGGUCGGAGCCGAGACCACACUGCCCUCCUUGGGUGGGGAGGUGCGAGCCCCAGAGGGUGCCACCCAAGUGCCCACUGCUGAUAUCGACCUCCCUGGGGGAGAGCUGGAGGUGUCCCUCCCUGAGGGAGAGGUGGCUGUGUCCGGGCUGAAGGGCAAAGCAGAAGGGGUCAAGAUCAAGGGUCAGCUGCCCAAAGUGUCAAUGCCCAGCCUCAAGAUGCCCACGGUGGACAUAAAGGCCCCCCAGGUGGACAUCGAGGGGCCCAAACUGGACCUGAAGGGUGCCAAAGGGGAGGUGAGCGCCCCCGACAUGGAGGUGUCCUUGCCCAGCAUGGAGGUGGACGCCCAGGUUCCUGAUGCCAAGGUGGAGGCUGACCUGUCCCUGGGAGACAAGGAAAUGGCUGCCAGAGACACCAAGUUCAAGAUGCCCAAGUUCAAGAUGCCGUCCUUCGGCAUGUCGGCACCAAGCAAGUCCUUGGAAGCCUCUGUGGACGCGGCCCUGCCCAAGGUACAGGCUGAGGUUUCCAUGCCCUCUAUCCAGGCCGACGUCAAGACCAGUGAUGUGACCAUUGAGCUGCCAUCUGCCGACCUAGACGUCAAGACAGCCUCGGUGGGCCUGAAGCUCCCUGAGGGCCAAGUGCCCGAGGGGAAGCUGCAGGAACCCUCAGACAGAGGCGGACUCAAAGGGCACCUGCCCAAGGUGCAGAUGCCCAAUGUCAAAAUGCCCAAAGUGGACUUCAAGGCCCCCCAGGUGGACAUCAAGGGGCCCAAACUGGACCUGAAAGGCGCCAAAGGGGAAGUGAGCGCCCCCGACGUGGAGGUGUCCCUUCCCAAGGUGGAGGUGGCUGCCCAGGUUCUCGGUGCCAAGGUGGAUGCUGACCUAUCCCUGGGAGACAAGGAGGUGGCCGCCAGAGACAGCAAGUUCAAGAUGCCCAAGUUCAAGAUGCCGUCCUUCGGCGCAUCGGCGCCAAGCAAAGAUUUGGGAACAUCCGUGGACGUGUCGGUGCCCAAGGUCGGAGCCGAGGCCACGCUGCCCUCCUUGGGUGGGGAGGUGCGAGCCCCAGAGGGUGCCCUCCAAAUGCCCACUGCUGAUAUCGACUUCCCUGGGGGAGAGCUGGAGGUGUCCCUCCCUGAGGGAGAGGUGGCUGUGUCCGGGCUGAAGAGCAAAGCAGAAGGGGUCAAGAUCAAGGGUCAGCUGCCCAAAGUGCCAAUGCCCAGCCUCAAGAUGCCCACAGUGGACAUCAAGGCCCCCCAAGUGGACAUCAAGGCCCCCCAGGUGGACAUCAAGGGGCCCAAACUAGACCUGAAGGGCCCCAAAGGGGAGGCAAGCGCCCCCAACAUGGAGGUGUCCCUGCCCAGCGUGGAGGUGGACGCCCAGGUGCCCGGUGCCAAAUUGGAGGCUGACCUGUCCCUGGGAGACAAGGAGGUGGCAGCCAGAGACACCAAGUUCAAGAUGCCCAAGUUCAAGAUGCCGUCCUUUGGUGUGUCUGCACCAAGCAAGAAUUUGGGAACAUCCGUGGAUGUGGACGUGUCAGUGCCCAAGGUCAGAGCCGAGGCCACACUGUCCUCCCUGGAAGGGGAGGUGCGAGCCCCAGAGGGUGCCCUCCAAGUGCCCACUGCUGAUAUCGACCUCCCUGGGGGAGAGCUGGAGGUGUCCCUCCCUGAGGGAGAGGUGGCUGUGUCCGGGCUGAAGGGCAAAGCAGAAGGGGUCAAGAUCAAGGGCCAGCUGCCCAAAGUGCCAAUGCCGAGCCUCAAGAUGCCCAAGGUGGACAUCAAGGCCCCGCAGGUGGACAUCAAGGUCCCCCAGGUGGACAUCAAGGGGCCGAAACUGGACCUGAAGGGCACCAAAGGGGAGGUGAGCACCCCCGACAUGGAAGUGUCCUUGCCCAGCAUGGAGGUGGACGCCCAGGUUCCUGAUGCCAAGAUGGAGCCUGACCCGUCCCUGGGAAACAAGGAGGUGGCCGCCAGAGACAGCAAGUUCAAGAUGCCCAAGUUCAAGAUGCCGUCCUUCGGCGCGUCGGCACCAAGCAAGUCCUUGGAAGCCUCUGUGGACGCGUCCUUGCCCAAGGUACAGGCUGAGGUUUCCAUGCCCUCUAUCCAGGCCGACGUCAAGACCAGUGAUGUGACCACUGAGCUGCCAUCUGCCGACCUAAACGUCAAGACAGCCUCGGUGGGCCUGAAGCUCCCUGAGGGGCAAGUGCCCGAAGGGAGGCUCCAGGAACCCUCGGCCGCAGGCGGACUCAAAGGACACCUGCCCAAGGUGCAGAUGCCCAGCAUCAAAAUGCCCAAAGUGGACUUCAAGGCCCCCCAGGUAGACAUCAAGGGGCCCAAUCUGGACCUGAAGGGUGCCAAAGGGGAGGUGAGCGCCCCCGACAUGGUGGUGUCCCUGCCCAGCGUGGAGGUGGACGCCCAGGUUUCCGACGCCAAGGUGGAGGCUGAACUGUCCCUGGGAGACAAGGAGGUGACCUCCACAGACAGCAAGUUCAAGAUGCCCAAGUUCAAGAUGCCAUCCUUCGGCACGUCAGUGCCAAGCAAAGAUUUGGGAACAUCCAUGGACGUGUCGGUGCCCAAGGUCGGAGCCGAGGCCACACAGCCCUCCCUUCGAAGGGAGGUGCGAUCCCCAGAGGGUGCCAUCCAACUGCCCACUGCUGAUAUCGACCUCCCUGGGGGAGAGCUGGAGGUGUCCCUCCCUGAGGGAGAGGUGGCUGUGUCCGGGCUGAAGGGCAAAGCAGAAGGGGUCAAGAUCAAGGGCCAGCUGCCCAAAGUGCAGAUGCUGAGCCUCAAGAUGCCCAAGGUGGACAUCAAGGCCCCGCAGGUGGACAUCAAGGUCCCCCAGGUGGACAUCAAGGGGCCGAAACUGGACCUGAAGGGCGCCAAAGGGGAGGUGAGCACCCCCAACGUGGAGGUGUCCCUACCCGCUUUGGAGGUGGACACCCAGGUGCCCAGAGCAAAGGUGGAGGCUGACCUGUCCCUGGGAGACAAGGAGGUGGCCGCCAGAGACAGCAAGUUCAAGAUGCCCAAGUUCAAGAUGCCGUCCUUCGGCACGUCAGUGCCAAGCAAAGAUUUGGGAACAUCUGUGGACGUGUCAGUGCCCAAGGUCGGAGCUGAGGCCACACUGUCCUCCCUGGGAGGGGAGUUGCGAGCCCCAGAGGGUGCCGCCCAAGUGCCCACUGCUGAUAUCGACCUCCCUGGGGGAGAGCUGGAGGUGUCCCUCCCUGAGGGAGAGGUGGCUGUGUCCGGGCUGAAGGGCAAAGCAGAAGGGGUCAAGAUCAAGGGCCAGCUGCCCAAAGUGCAGAUGCCGAGCCUCAAGAUGCCCAAGGUGGACAUCAAGGCCCCGCAGGUGGACAUCAAGGUCCCCCAGGUAGACAUCAAGGGGCCCAAACUGGACCUGAAAGGCGCCAAAGGGGAGGCAAGCGCCCCCGACGUGGAGGUGUCCCUGCCCAGCGUGGAGGUGGACACCCAGGUUCCUGAUGCCAAGGUGGAGGCUGACCUGUCCCUGGGAGACAAGGAGGUGGCAGCCAGAGACAGCAAGUUCAAGAUGCCCAAGUUCAAGAUGCCGUCCUUUGGCGCGUCAGUGCCAAGCAAGUCCUUGGAAGCCUCUGUGGAUGCGGCCCUGCCCAAGGUACAGGCUGAGGUUUCCAUACCUUCCAUCCAAGCCGACGUCAAGACCAGUGAAGUGACCAUUAAGCUGCCAUCUGCUGACCUAGAUGUCAAGACUGCCUCGGUGGGCCUGAGGCUCCCUGAGGGCCCAGUGCCCGAGGGGGAACUCCAGGAACCCUCAGACAGAGGCGGACUCAAAGGGCACCUGCCCAGGUUGCUGAUGCCCAGCAUCAAAAUGCCCAAAGUGGACUUCAAGGCCCCCCAGGUGGACAUCAAGGGGCCCAAUCUGGACCUGAAGGGUGCCAAAGGGGAAGUGAGCGCCCCCGACGUUAUGGUGUCCCUACCCGCCAUUGAGGUGGAUGCCCAGGUGCCCGGUGACAAAUUGGAGGCUGACCUGUCCCUGGUAGACAAGGAGGUGGCCUCCAGAGACAGCAAGUUCAAGAUGCCCAAGUUCAAGAUGCCGUCCUUCAGCGCAUCGGCGCCAAGCAAAGAUUUGGGAACAUCCGUGGACGUGUCGGUGCCCAAGGUCGGAGCCGAGGCCACACUGCCCUCCUUGGGUGGGGAGGUGCGAGCCCCAGAGGGUGCCGUCCAAAUGCCCACUGCUGAUAUCGACCUCCCUGGGGGAGAGCUGGAGGUGUCCCUCCCUGAGGGCGAGGUGGCUGUGUCCGACCUGAAGGGCAAAGCAGAAGGGGUCAAGACCAAGGGUCAGCUGCCCAAAGUGCAGAUGCCCAGCCUCAAGAUGCCCACGGUGGACAUCAAGGCCCCCCAGGUGGACAUCAAGGGGCCCAAACUGGACCUGAAAGGCACCAAAGGGGAGGUGAGUGCCCCCGACGUGGAGGUGUCCCUUCCCAGUGUGGAGGUCGACGCCCAGGUUCCCGGCGCCAAGGUGGAGGCUGACCUGUCCCUGAGAGACAAGGAGGUGGCAGCCAGAGACAGCAAGUUCAAGAUGCCCAAGUUCAAGAUGCCGUCCUUUGGCACAUCGGCACCAAGCAAGUCCUUGGAAGCUUAUGUGGUCCCGUCGCUGCCCAAGGUACAGGUUGAGGUUUCCAUGCCCUCCAACCAGGCCGACGUCAAGACCAGUGAAGUGACCAUUAAGCUGCCAUCUGCUGACCUAGACGUCAAGACUGCCUUGGUGGCCCUGAAGCUCCCUGAGGGCCAAGUGCCCAAAGGGGAGCUCCAGGAACCCUCAGCUGCAGGAGGACUCAAAGGGCACCUGCCCAAGGUGCAGAUGCCCAAUGUCAAAAUGCCCAAAGUGGACAUCAAGGCCUCCCAGAUGGACAUCAAGGGGCCCAAACUGGACCUGAUGGGCGCCAGAGGGGAGGUGAGUGCACCCGACAUGGAGGUGUCCCUACCCGCCAUGGAGGUGGACGCCCAGGUGCCCAAAGCCAAAGUGGAGGCAAACCUGUCUGUGGGAGAUAAGGAGGUGGCCUCCAGAGACAGCAAGUUCAAGAUGCCGUCUUUUAGCGCAUUGGCGCUGAGCAAGGAUUUGGGAACAUCCGUGGAUAUGGAAGUGUCACUGCCCAAGGUCAGAGCUGAGGCCACACUGCCCUCCCUGGGAGGGGAGGUGCGAGCCCCAGUGGGUGCCCUCCAAGUGCCCACUGCUGAUAUCGACCUCCCUGGGCGAGAGCUGGAGGUGUCCCUCCCUAAGGGAGAGGUGGCUGUGUCCGGGCUGAAGGGCAAAGCAGAAGGGGUCAAGACCAAGGGUCAGCUGCCCAAAGUGCAGAUGCCCAGCCUCAAGAUGCCCACGGUGGACAUCAAGGUCCCCCAGGUGGACAUCAAGGGGCCAAAACUGGACCUGAAAGGCGCCAAAGGGGAGGUGAGCGCCCCCGACAUGGAGGUGUCCCUUCCCAGCGUGGAGGUGGACGCCCAGGUGCCCGGUGCCAAAUUGGAGGCCGACCUGUCCCUGGGAGACAAGGAGGUGGCCACCAGAGACAGCAAGUUCAAGAUGCCCAAGUUCAAGAUGCCGUCCUUCAGCACAUCGGUGCCAAGCAAAUAUUUGGGAACAUCCGUGGACGUGUCGGUGCCCAAGGUCGGAGCCGAGGCCACACUGCCCUCCUUGGGUGGGGAGGUGCGAGCCCCAGAGGGUGCCGUCCAAUUGCCCACUGCUGAUAUCGACCUCCCUGGGGGAGAGCUGGAGGUGUCCCUCCCUGAGGGAGAGGUGGCUGUGUCCGGGCUGAAGGGCAAAGCAGAAGGGGUCAAGAUCAAGGGCCAGCUGCCCAAAGUGCAAAUGCCGAGCCUGAAGAUGCCCACGGUGGACAUCAAGGCCCCGCAGGUGGACAUCAGGGCCCCCCAGGUGGACAUCAAGGGACCGAAACUGGACCUGAAAGGCGCCAAAGGGGAGGUGAGCGCCCCCGACGUGGAGGUGUCCCUGCCCAGUGUGGAGGUGGAUCCCCAGGUGCCCGGUGCCAAAUCGGAGGCUGAGCUGUCCCUGGGAGACAAGGAGGUGGCAGCCAGAGACACCAAGUUCAAGAUGCCCAAGUUUAAGAUGCCGUCCUUUGGUGCGUUGGCGCCAAGCAAGGAUUUGGGAACAUCCGUGGACGUGUCCCUGCCCGAGGUCAGAGCCGAGGCCACACUGCCCUCCCUGGGAGGUGAGAUGCAAGCCCCAGAGAGUGCCGUCCAAUUGCCCACUGCUGAUAUCGACCUCCCGGGAGACAAGGAGGUGGCCGCCAGAGACAGCAAGUUCAAGAUGCUCACGUUCAAGAUGCCGUCCUUCGGCACAUUGGGGUCAAGCAAGUCGUUGGAAGCCUCUGUGGACGCAUCCCUGCCCGAGGUACAGGCUGAGAUUUCCAUGCCCUCUAUCCAGACCGACGUCAAGACAAGUGACAUGACCAUUGAGCUGCCAUCUGCCGACCUAGAGGUUAAGACAGCCUCAGGGAGCCUGAAGCUCCCUGAGGGGCAAGUGCCCGAGGGGAGGCUCCAGGAACCCUCGGCCACAAGCGGACUCAAAGGGCACCUGCCCAAGGUGCAGAUGCCCAGCAUCAAAAUGCCCAAAGUGGACUUCAAGGCCCCCCAGGUGGACAUCAAGGGGCCCAAACUGGACCUGAAGGAUGCCAAAGGGGAGGUGAGCACCCCCAACGUGGAGGUGUCCCUACCCGCUUUGGAGGUGGACACCCAGGUGCCCAGAGCAAAGGUGGAGGCUGACCUGUCCCUGGGAGACAAGGAGGUGGCCGCCAGAGACAGCAAGUUCAAGAUGCCCAAGUUCAAGAUGCCGUCCUUCGGCACGUCAGUGCCAAGCAAAGAUUUGGGAACAUCCGUGGACGUGUCGGUGCCCAAGGUCGGAGCCGAGGCCACACUGCCCUCCUUGGGUGGGGAGGUGCGAGCCCCAGAGGGUGCCGUCCAAUUGCCCACUGCUGAUAUCGACCUCCCUGGGGGAGAGCUGGAGGUGUCCCUUCCUGAGGGAGAGGUGGCUGUGUCCGGGCUGAAGGGCAAAGCAGAAGGGGUCAAGAUCAAGGGUCAGCUGCCCAAAGUGCCAAUGCCCAGCCUCAAGAUGCUCACGGUGGACAUCAAGGCCCCCCAAGUGGACAUCAAGGGGCCCAAACUAGACCUGAAAGACGCCAAAGGGGAGGCAAGCGCCCCCGACGUGGAAGUGUCCCUGCCCAGCGUGGAGGUGGACGCCCAGGUGCCCGGUGCCAAAUUGGAGGCUGACCUGUCCCUGGGAGACAAGGAGGUGGCAGCCAGAGACACCAAGUUCAAGAUGCCCAAGUUCAAGAUGCCGUCCUUUGGUGUGUCUGCACCAAGCAAGAAUUUGGGAACAUCCGUGGAUGUGGACGUGUCAGUGCCCAAGGUCAGAGCCGAGGCCACACUGCACCCCCUGGGAGGGGAGGUGCGAGCCCCAGAGGGUGCCCUCCAAGUGCCCACUGCUGAUAUCGACCUCCCUGGGGGAGAGCUGGAGGUGUCCCUCCCUGAGGGAGAGGUGGCUGUGUCCGGGCUGAAGGGCAAAGCAGAAGGUGUCAAGAUCAAGGGCCAGCUGCCCAAAGUGCAGAUGCCAAGCUUCAAGAUGCCCACGGUGGACAUCAAGGCCCCCCAGGUGAAUAUAAAGGACUCCCAGGUGGACAUCAAGGGGUCCAAACUGGACCUAAAGGGCACCAAAGGGGAGGUGAGCGCCCCCGACGGGGAGGUGUCCCUGCCCAGCGUGGAGGUGGACGCCCAGGUUCCUGAUGCCAAGAUGGAGCCUGACCCAUCCCUGGGGUACAAGGAGGUGGCCACCGGAGACAGCAAGUUCAAGAUGCCCAAGUUCAAGAUGCCGUCCUUCGGCGCGUCGGCACCAAGCAAGUCCUUGGAAGCCUCUAUGAAUGCGGCCCUGCCCGAGGUACAGGCUGAGGUUUCCAUGCCCUCUAUCCAGGCCGACGUCAAGACCAGUGAUGUGACCAUUGAGCUGCCAUCUGCCGACCUAGACGUCAAGACAGCCUUGGUGAACCUGAAGCUCCCUGAGGGGCAAGUGCCCGAGGGGGAACUCCAGGAACCCUCGGCCACAAGCGAACUCAAAGGGCACCUGCCCAAGGUGCAGAUGCCCGGCAUCAAAAUGCCCAAAGUGGACUUCAGGGCUCCCCAGGUGGACAUCAAGGGGCCCAAACUGGACCUGAAGGAUGCCAAAGGGGAGGUGAGCUCCCAAGACAUGGUGGUGUCCCUGCCCAGCAUGGAGGUGGACACCCAGGUGCCCAGCGCCAAGGUGGAGGCUGAACUGUCCCUGGGAGACAAGGAAGUGGCCGCUGGAGACAGCAAGUUCAAGAUGCCCAAGUUCAAGAUGCCGACCUUCAGCACGUCGGCACCAAGCAAGUCCUUGGAAGCCUCUGUGGACGCGUCCCUGCCCAAGGUACAGGCUGAGGUUUCCAUGCCCUCUAUCCAGGCCGACGUCAAGACCAGUGAUGUGACCAUUGAGCUGCCAUCUGCCGACCUAGACGUCAAGACAGCCUCGGUGGGCCUGAAGCUCCCUGAGGGCCAAGUGCCCGAGGGGAAGCUGCAGGAACCCUCAGACAGAGGCGGACUCAAAGGGCACCUGCCCAAGGUGCAGAUGCCCAAUGUCAAAAUGCCCAAAGUGGACUUCAAGGCCCCCCAGGUGGACAUCAAGGGGCCCAAACUGGACCCGAAGGGUGCCAAAGGGGAGGUGAGUGCCCCCGACAUGGUGGUGUCCCUGCCCAGCGUGGAGGUGGACGCCCAGGUUACCGGGGCCAAGCUGGAUUCAUCCUCUGGGGAGGUUGAAGUGUUUUCCAAAGCGACCAAGUUUAAAUUUCCUAAAAUCAGCAUUUCCUCCUCUCGAACCUCCCCCAGUAAGACUUCCCUGAUCUCUCCAGAGCUUGACAGACAUGAUAAAGAUACCCAUAGUUCGCUCUCCUCAGGCCUCAGAGAUCCAAUUGUCUCUGGUGGUGAUCAGCAUGCUCUCCAUUUGGAAGGUGAUGUCGCCUUGUCAGUUGGAAAAGAUGGAGAAAAAAGCAAAAGCAAAAAAUCCCAUUUUAAAUUGCCCAAAGUCUUCUCUCCACCAGGGAAAGCAGCUAAAGGCUUUGUAGCUUCUGCAGAGGAACCUGAGGUCCCUUUGCCUGUGAGGGCCUCAGCAUCCCCCUUAGAGUCAGGACAUGGGGGGCCCCAGGGGACGCCUGCGGCUUCCGUGGAGACUUCCCUGCAGGUGUCCAGGCUGGGCUGGCUCGGUGGUCCCCAUGGGGAAUCGUCCUGCCUCAGUACCAGUGAGGGUGUCACACUUACAAAAUACCAGGUGACUGUCCCCAGAGGCCCAGUCCCCUCCGAGCUGCCUUGUGAAACCCCGUCUGGGUCCCAGGCGCACUCUCAGCUUCCCAGCACAGCAGGUGCAGGCGACCUCCUCUCCAGUGAGAGCAUUCUACUGUCCCAGCCUGAUGGUCACACGGGCCCCGCGGACACUGUAUUUCCCGAAUCUUAUGGCCGGGUGACUUUUCCUAAAUUUCAUCGACCAAAGUUCCGGCUGUCACUGCCAACAUCAGCCACUGGAGUGGUGGAGCCUGGAGCUGCCGAGCGUGCGCCCCCCACGUCCCCCCCGCUCGCUGCACAGGGACUGGACUCCUCCGCGGAGGAAGCCACGGCAUUCCCAGUGCCAGACGGUCAUCUGCCCCCUGCAGGUGUCUCUGCGUCCACAGUGGCGGAGGGACAGGCAGGCACUGCGGGGACAUUGGCAGCAGCCCCAGAGGAGGCCCCAGCUGAAGGUGCGGGGCUCAAGGACAAAGGCAGGCCCGUGACAGCCCCGAGGCUCAAGCUGCCCUCCUUCAGCUGGUCCCCGAAGAAGGGGGUGGAGUCCAAAGCAGACCCUGGACACAGCCCGGCUGUCGCUGCAGAUGCUCUGGGCGGCCCGCCCAGCGGUCCCGUUACCCCCGCAGAAGCUGGUGCAGAUGCGUCUCUCGGGAAGGACGGGGAGGCGGGAGCGGUCAGGACACCAGCCCUUGCCCGGCUGAAGGUCGCACCUCCUGGAAUGGAGGCUUCCACACGGGGGGCCGGCCUGCCCCGGGGAGACCCAGGCCUGGCCCUUGCCGGCCCCACAGACACGGCCGGUGGUGAGGGAGGUGUUGGGGGCACUGGUGCAGCCGCAGGUCCCCCAGAAGGAGCGGAUGUGAGCCUGCACCUCCCAGAGGCCCCCGUUCCUAGCUUGGGCUUUGUCAGACCUGACCUCAGCCCUGGGGAUGCCACGAUGGAGCAGAGCCUGUCUACAGGCCGCCUUCCUCUUCCCAAACACGGCCUGUCCCUCAGGGACAGCACCCAAGAGCACGGGCCUGGGGACAGCUCAGCAAGCCAGCCCUGUGGGGACGUGACGGCCUCCUCGGCGGAAGACCCCCUUCAGCCAUCCCCGGCGGUGGGGAGCCCAGGGCGGGAUGCAGCCGCGGCAGAAGCGCCGGCAGGCUCCAGGGAGAGCUGGUUUAGGAUGCCCUCACUCCGCCUGCCCGGCUUCGGACGCCCCGCCAAGGAGCGGGCAGGCUCUGCAGGGCUGGGGGCUCAGAGGCCCGCGCCCGUGGUGGCCGGUGUGCCAGGGGAAGGAGAGGCCGCAGCUGGGGUGCGGAGUCCGGAUGCCCGUGUGCCUGCGUCAGAGGUGGAUGUUGCUGAGUCCCUGCAGCCCCCCGAGGCUGGUGCAGAUGGGGCAGCUGCAGGCAGCCCAGCUUCCUCCUACGCAGAUGUUCUUCGGAGGAAUCUUGACCUUCACGCCCCUGCUGAGGGGCUGUCAGCUUCCGAGGUCAGGGUCCGGCCGGGCGCAGGCUCCCUGCCCCUCCAGCUGCAUGGGGUGCUUGCAGAGCCCUGUGUCCCUCCAGGAGAAGCAGGUGAGCCCCCUCUUCCUGGACCAGCAGGCCAGGGCCUGGGCAGAGGGGCGCAGGGGGCAGAGGGGCCGCCUUCCCAGCCUGAGGGCCCUCUCAGACUGAGGGCUUCCAGUACGGAUGUGCCGUCCCAGGUUUCCGUGGUCAACGUGGGUCAAGUCUGGGAAGACUCUGUGCUACGUGUCCAGUUCCCCAAGUUAAAGGUACCAAGGUUCAGCUUCCCGGCCCCCGGCUCGGAGGCUGACGUUUUCGUGCCCAGCGUGACAGAGUUGUCGUCCUGCCCACAGAGCGGUCCUGACACGGCCCUGCUGGAACAAAGCCCUGGCGGGCUGGGCACCAGCUUCCCGAAGGCCCCUGUGGCCCUCGGCCUCUCCUCGGAAGCUGCCCCCAUUUGUAAGGUCAGGGUGCACAUUCAGGGCACAGAGGCUGCCAGCCGCCAGGUGUCCGUGCACAGCACGGUGACAGCCGGGUAUGCCGAGCUCUCGGGGCCCGAGGCCUUUCCCACCCAGGUGGUGCGGGAGUCAGAGCUCCCCGCGUCGGAGACCCAAACACCUUCCUACGGGGUUUCCUUGCUAAAGGGGAGGGUCCCAGAACCCCCCACGUGGGCGCAGGUGCAGCUGGUGACCGCAGAGUGCGGGCUGGGGGGGCGCCUUCGAGAGGCUCAGGAACCUGUCCCAGGAGCAGACCCCGUUUCUGGAGACCUCCAGCCUGACACCGGAGAGCCUUUUGAGAUGAUCUGUCCCAGUGUAGAUGUGCCGGGACCGCCAGCGUGUUCAUCUGACCUUCACUCUGGCCACGGGCAUGCAGACAGCUGUUCUGACGAAGAGCCCGCGGAAAUCCUCGAAUUCCCGCCGGAGGAGGGCCAGGAGGCAGAGGAGGCCGAGGCUCCCAAAGGAAAACCUGAAGGGAAAAGCUCCUCUGGUCUGUUCCGGUUUUGGCUCCCGAGCAUCGGGUUUUCUCCCUCGGCCUCCGAGACAAGCGCCGAUUCCCAAGCUGAUGCCCAGAGACCGGCUCCCGUGCAGACCCAGCCCGAGGCGCGGACCCCUCCCUCACAGGAGAAGGGGGGCUGGUUCCGAUUUCCUAAGUUGGGGUUCUCCUCCUCCCCUACCAAGAAAAGUGAAAGUGAGGAAGAGGAGGUGAGUCUGGCCGAGCAGAGUCUCCAAGAGGAGGCAGGUACCUUCUACGACGCGCGAGAAAGCUUCUCCCCGGAUGAGACAGGAGCAAGGGAGCUGGCAGAGGCCGUGGGCACCAGGCGGGGCUCCGGGACCAUGGUGACCUCCACGGCAAGAACCGAGCUGAUCCUGCUGGAGCGGGACGGAGCCGCCAGCCAGCAGUCUGCGCCCAGGCCCGCCACCAAAUGAGGGCCGGGAAGGGGUGACUGUUCCGCGGAGGACAGACGCCCGCACCAAGUCCCGAAGCAGAACCCCGGCCGCACCGAGCUCCCAUCCCGACCACGCUGGCGUCCACGGCGUCCACCACACUCCCGGCACUGAGACGCAGGACACCAGCCGGGCCACCACCACGCGGCCCUCCGCCGGGGGCGGGGGGCCCGAGCUGCGGAAGCAGGGAGGCAGCCCGACAGCCCAGGCUGCUGGGGUGAGGUCUCCAUGAACCACGCCUCCAGAGACCCGCCACAGUGCUCAGCGCAGCCGGGCCGUGCCCUUGGGGACGGGGUGUUAAUGGCCGUGGGUGUAGACGCAGUGUUUGCCGUGGCCCGAUCCUGUCCUGCCUCUUUGGGCCUCAUCGUUUCCCUCGAUGCCAGGCAGAGUCUGGUGCAUUCCAGGAAACCCCACUGCCUGCUCACCUGUAAGGAGCGCAGUCCUGUGCCGAACACCUCACGAGGCGAGCUUCGGGAUGCUUGGUGUAGACGGUGCCCACGCCGCGGAGCGUGGCGGCUGAGCCGGCUUGCUCCGUGGCCGCUUGGGGCGGGUGAGCCGGAGGAGGUCUGCACCGCCCCCCACAUGCCCCGUGCCCCCCACUGCACACGCUGCAGCCAGGCUGCCAGUGGAACCCUCCCCUCCAUGGACAAUAAAGGACAAGAUGCAUCCCACA